GGUAUUUUUUAUUUACAAAAAUAGAAUAUAGAUAUAAAUGAUAUUUUUAUAUCAAGAAGCCACUCGAGAAAGUCCGCCUCACGAGCAUAGCUCGUGCCAUGACGGGGAAGAUGAAUCCCGAGAUCCUCCUCCACCCUGGGUGGCGGCGCUCCGGCCAAUCUCUCCUCCUCUUCCUUCGGCGGCGCCACCUCUCCACGGUGGUGGACCUGGCCCACCUCUCCUCCCCCAUCGACCUCGACCACCUCUCCUCCCUCCGCUCCCCCUCCGACCUCCUCGCCUCUUACACCGUCACCCCUCCCGUCCGCCCCUGGCCCUCCCCCCUCACCUCCCGCCGCCUCGCCUCCCUCAUCCGCCGCCAGCCCUCCGCCGACCUCGCCUUCGCUGCCUUCCGCCACGCAGCCAUGUUCGUCCCCAACUUCUCCCCCUCCUACCUCGCCUACCACGCCCUCAUGGACCGCCUCGCCCGCGACCGUGCCUUCCACCUCAUCCCUCCCGUCCUCACCGAACUCCGCCGCUCCGGCGCUCGCUGCGGCGAGCAGGCCUUCAUCACCCUCAUCCGAGCCUACUCCCUCGCCUCCCGCCCUGCCGCCGCCCUCCGCACCUUCCUCUCCAUCCCCUCCUUCGGUGUCCGAGCCUCCGUCCGCUCCUUCAACGCCCUCCUCAACGCCAUGAUCCAGAACCGGCGCUACCGCCUCGCCGCCGCACUCUUCCGCCGCUGCCGCUCCCGCUUCGGCGUCAUCCCCAACGUCUGCUCCUGCAAUAUCCUCCUUAAGGCCCUCUGCAAGAUGGGUGACAUUGACGGCGCGCUCCAGGUGCUAGACGAAAUGCCCGGAUGGGGGAUGGUCCCCAAUGUCAUCACCUACACCACCAUUAUCGCCUAUUACUGCGCCCACGGCGACCUCCCUGCUGCCCGAGCCCUCUUUGAUACGAUCCUCAGCCGUGGCUACUCCCCUGAUGCAACCACCUACACUGUCCUUAUUGACGGCUACUGCCACCAUGGUGAGCUCUCUGACGCUGUCAAAACCAUGGACGAGAUGGAGGCAGCUGGCAUUCCCCCGAACGACGUCACUUACUCCGUUGUGAUUGAGGCAUGCUGCAAGGAGAAGAAGUCGGGAGAAGCUCUGAACUUGCUCCUUGACAUGCUUGAUGGGAAGUACAUGCCGGAGUCAUCGCUCUGCUGUAAGGUGAUUGAUGCUCUGUGUGAGGAUGGGAAGGUGGAGGAUGCUUGCGAGAUAUGGAGGAGGCUUUUGAAGAAGAAUGUAACCCCUGACAAUUCCAUCUCGAGCACGUUGAUAUACUGGUUGUGUAAGAAGGGGAAGGUUUGGGAGGCAAGAAAGCUAUUUGAUCAGUUCGAGAGGGGGUUUAUUCCAAGCUUGUUGACAUAUAAUACGCUCAUCUCAGGGAUGUGCGAGAACGGGGAGCUGCAGGAGGCAGGGAGAUUGUGGGAUGAUAUGGUGGAGAGGAAGUGUAUGCCCAAUGUUUUCACUUAUAAUGUGCUGAUCAAGGGGUUUUGUAAGGCCAGGAAAGCGAAGGAGGGGGUGAUGGUAUUGGACGAGAUGUUCGAGAAGGGUUGUAUUCCGGAUAAGUUCACGUACAGUGUGUUGGUUGAUGGGCUUUUCGAAUCUGGAGAUGAAGAGGAGGUUGGUAAGGUUCUUCAGCGUGCAGCUUCAGGUAGAGGGAAAUUCCUGGAUGUGGGCUGUUGGGAUGUGUUCAUAAGGAAAGUGGUCAGUGACACUGAUAGAUGGAGAGAGCAUAUCCAUGCAGUGUUAGAUACAUGACCGCACAAGUGUCUGGUACCAAACUGCUGUUCGAUCUUUUAUUUUCAGGAGGCUGAGUCAAGAUGCUUAAGAUUAUAAUUAUGUGGACAAAGAUGAUGAGCUCCAGAAAAUCUUUGGUGAUGUUCUCUUGAUAGGGAAGGACAGCUGAAUUUAACACAUGCAGCAAGGUGACCUUGUGCUUAAAUUUUGCUAUCUACAAUUUGAAUGUUCAUAUAAUUGAUGGCCAAGAAAUGGUAACCAGCCUGGCAACUCACAGUUCAUGCUGGGUUGUCCAUAUAUAUAUAUAUAUUUAUAUAGUUCUCAAGCUUGAGAAACAUAUACUGAAAUUUUGCAUCUCAAAUAAAGUCAGAAUUUGGGCGGUGUUAGUGAUGAAAUGAUGACUAUAAACUUCAUAGCUUUAUAAGGAGCAAGCAUCUUCAUGUUUGCCUUUUAAGCAACGAAGACUUUCUUUUA